AUAAGAAUUCUUUCAGUUUUGAAAAGACUUUAACGAAAGACACUUCGUUUGGCACCUCUAGAAUGUUGUGUUAAACAUUCUCUUAAUAUUGACACUUUUAAACUUAUCAUGUUUUUUUAAUAUUAAAGAAACCAUUUAUUUUUUUGUUGUGAAAAAUUUUAAUUUUAUAAUUUGUGUGUGAAAAAUGAAUACUAAUAUACCAGAUGAAAAUUUAAUUCCAAAUGAUAAUAAAUUAAAGGAAAAUAAUUUUUCAUCAACGAAGAAAUCAGAAAAUUCUGAAUUAAAAAUUCAACAGGAUGGAUCAUUGUCAUCUCAUGCUCAAGUAGCUGAUCAUAGUUUAACAUCACAUAAUUUAAAUAAUAAUCAACCCAAUGCACAAAAUUCAAAUAUUACUAGAAGUAGAGUGCCUUCGUCGAAUAAUCAUCGAUGCAAUUUGAAUCAUGAAAAUUCAACUAGAAUAAAUCCCUGGAUAAAUAUUGCUCAAUUUCGUAUUGAUGCGGGAAAAUUUCAAUGCGGUGGAUAUUGCACAUUACGACAUUUAAAUCCUAAUUUGGGAAUUUUUUUUGUACAGGAUGCCAGCUCAUCACAACCAUUAUAUUCACUUUUAACAGCAACCAGAGAACAACCAGAAUUACAAUCACCAUUAACAAUAAGAAUUCAAGUGCCAAGCAAUCAAAAUGAGCUGAAUAUAUCAAGAAAAAAAAUGAAAUACAGUCAUGAGGAAAGAGUAGAAAUGGGAAAUAGUUCAAAUUCUCAUGAUGCAGAAUCAUUAAAUAUAAUAAACAGUUUUUUAGUUGAGGAUGAAAGUGAAAUUAAAAAUGACUUAACUGAAAAAAGAUCUUGUAAUAAAAGAAAUAAUUCUAAUUGUCAAAAAUCGUAUUCUACAUCAAAUAUAAAUGAACAAUCAGAAAAUCAGAAAUGUAGAUCUAGAUCAGAAAAUUCAAGACAAGAAAAUUCUUCAAACGAAGAAGGCAAUGAAGUAUCUUAUUGUAAAAAAUCAAAAAGAAGAAGAAGAGCUGCAAGGCAAGAAUUUAUUGAAAAUGAAAAUCCAGUGGAUAUCUAUGAUUUGAAUCCUUCAAUUAGUUAUCAGGAGACACUAAAAAUUUUACGUUUUCUAUUGACUGGAAAAACAUCGAAUAAUCAAUUAAGAACAAUUGCUUCUGAGCAACACGAUUAUCUUAUGCUAAUUGAAUAUCAUUUUUUUUUGCAUCCAUACAAUAAUCCUGAACAGUUAUUGAAUCAUGGAGGAAGAUCUCAGACACGACAAAGAAUGGAGAGACCAAGAAUCCUUUCUGGAGAACCGGAGAAUGAUACGGAAUCAAAUGGUUAUGAUGGAAAAUUAAAAAUCUUCAGAUCUCAAGUAAAACCAUCAAGUGUAGCUACGGAAAAUAUUGAAAUUCGAAUAAGACGUAAUUUCAUUUUUGAAGAUUCAUUUCAUUAUAUUAGCACAAUUGAUCAGGUGGAAAAAUUAAAGUCCAAAUUGUGGAUUUCUUUCGAAGAAGAACCUGGAUUAGAUUAUGGUGGUGUUAAACGAGAAUGGUUUUGUCUUUUAUCAAGAGAGAUUUUCAAUCCUGAGUAUGGAUUUUUUAUAUGUAAUUCAAAAGAAAAUAAUUAUUUAGAAAUAAAUCCUGACUCUAUAUCAUAUCAAAAUAAUCAUUUGGAAUAUUUUCGAUUUAUUGGACGAAUAGUUGGAAUGUCACUUUAUCAUGGUAGUCUUAUUGAUGCUUCAUUUUCUCCUUUAUUUUACACAACAUUGUUGAAUAAAAAAAUAUCAUUGGAGGACAUUGAAAAAGUUGAUUUAGAAUAUUAUAAAAAUCUCGAAUGGAUUUGUCAAAAUGAUCCAGCUGAAUUGGAAUUAGAUUUUACUGUGACUGAAAAAAUUUUAGGUGAAAUUGUAAAUGUCGAAUUAAUACCAAAUGGUAAAAAUGUGUCAUUGACAAAUGAAAAUAAAGAUUUUUACAUUGAACAUAUUAUAAAUUGGAAAUUUAUUCGUCGUGUGAAAGGCCAAUUGGAAGCAUUUCAAAAGGGUUUUCAUGAUUUAAUAUCAAAAGAUGCGAUAGCAAUUUUCACUGAAAAUGAAUUAGAAAAACUUAUUUGUGGAACGAGGGAAAUUGAUGUUAAUGAUUGGAAGAAAAAUACAAAUUAUUUAAAAGGAUAUUCAUUAAAAUAUAAAACAAUCAAAUUCUUUUGGAAUCUUGUGGAAAAUUUUGAUAAUAAUAUGAGGGCAAAAUUAUUGCAAUUUGUCACAGGAUCAUCAAAAGUGCCAAUGAAUGGUUUUAAAAAUUUAUAUGGAACCAAUGGUCCAUUAUUAUUUUCUAUACAAAAAUUCGGAACAAUUGAUUCACUACCAAGAUCUCAUACAUGUUUCAAUCGUUUGGAAUUGCCGCCUUAUGAAUGCUAUGAAACAUUAAAGGAUAAAUUAAUAUUCGCCAUUGAAAAUUGUGCUGGAUUUGACGGCGUUGAUUAAAAAUUUGAAUAGUUUUUAGAUUUUAAAAAAUUAAUUGUUUUUCUAUAAUAAAUAAGAGAAAAAUUCA